AUGGAACACUUAUUUAUAUUUAUGAAUAUGCUCUUGAUGGUAUAAUCUAAUUUCAAUGGAGUAAAUUUAGAAACAUCUUAAGAAAAAUUAUCUUAUUAUUUAGACACAUCGACAUCAGCCUAAAAUUUGACUUGCCAAAGUCUUACGAAAGUAUAUCAAUCUACAUUAACUGGUAUACCAAGAGUUAUGGAAUUCAAAAUAAAUACUGCUUAUGGUUAUAAUCAAUUACUCUAUACAUUUGAAUUACACUUUCUAUCUAUUUAAAAAUCAUAAAUAAGUUUUUAUGAAAGUGGCAAGAAUAUAUAUGAAUUAGAGAUAAAUACAUUAUCUUUUUAUCCUGCUUAUUUGUGUACUUUCUUAACUUAAAGAGCAUUUAUUUAAUUUACAUCAACUACCUUAAUGAAUGAAUAAUAAGCAACAUUUUUAGUUACAACUAAUAGUGAAACUAAAUUUUGGAUUAAAAAUUUAAACAUUUAUGCUGAAAGAUGCUAAAAAUAUUGUAAAAUAUGCAAUGACUCUUUAUUAUGUUAUGAAUGUAUGCCUGGUUUUGAAUUAAAUUUAUUGGGAGAAUGUAAAUGUUAAUACUAAUUUUUAACAUAUUUCUAAGGACAAUGUGUUGUUUAAUGUCCUUUAAAUUAUAUUUUUGAUGGAUCAACAUGUAAAUAAUAUAACUAAUUAAUAAAUUUAUUGUAUGAUGAUACAGCAUCUAAAUUCACUAUGAAACCUGACUACAAUACGACUUAAAGAGUAUGUUAAACUAUUUUAGAUGGUAAAAAGGUUGCAGGUCUAUUUAUAUAAAAUGAAGUUGUGGAAUAUAAUAUUAAUUAUCCAACAGGAACUAUUUCCAAUAUUUUAAUGUAAGUUGAAUUUUAUAUUUUAAAUUUCCCAUCUAAUGUGUAACAACAUUUAUUUAUUAAGCUUAAUAAUUAUUUAAUGAGAGAAUAUUUCAUACUUUUAAAUAAUAAUGAGAUGAAAAUUUAAGUUGUAGGUGCAUUAAAACAAAGUCAAUGUAAUAUUAUUGGAUAUACUACAUGUCUAAAAUUUACACUUCUAGAAAAUUUUGAAAAUAUCUCAGAUCUCUCACUUAUCUCCUUUUAGAUUAAUUUACCAUUAGAAAUAUAAGAUAUCAGUUGGGCAUUAUCAUAUAUUAAUGUGAAUGCAAUUACAGUAUCUCCAAUUACUUGCCCUAUAAAAAGAUUUAAUAAUGAAUGUUUAGAUAAAUGUCCAAUAAAUUCCAGAACUUCAGGAAAUGAAUGUAUAAGUAUACUUAAUGAUUAUAAAUUUUCUGAAAUAUUAAAAAUAGGAUACACAGAUAAAUUAGCUAUCAAAUAAAAUAUAUAAUUUACUAAUCCUUGUGAUUUCUAAUUAGAAAUCCCUUUUUCAAUUUGUAAUUUUUAUUAAAAUCAGUAUAUCUUAGGAGGAGAAAUGAUUUGGCAAAAUAAUUAAGUAAAAUUAGUUAUUAUAUCAAAUUAACCUCAUUAUAAAGUGAAAUUGUUUUUUAAAGCUAUUUUGAUAGAUCCAAUUAAUAUUGAUUAAAGUUUGAUAGUAAGUAUAGAUCAAACUAAAUUUAUUUUGAAUAUGAAUUCACCAAAUUCAUAUUGUUUCAGUAGUUAAACUAUACCAGGUUGUAUAAUUUAAGAAGAUCUUGGUUAAACAAAUGCCGAUUAUUUAAUUAACUUUGAACAGGAAUUUGAACAUUCAAAUACCUAAAUAGAGAUUUUAAUUUACUGUAAUAUGAAAAUACCUAGUAAUUCUUAUUGUGCUUUAUAUGAUUUAUUAAUUCUCUAAGCAAAUUGUCCACCUAAUUGUAAAUUUUGUUCAUCAGAUUCAAUUUGUUUGUAGUCUGAUUCAAAUAUUUAAGUUUUUUAUGAUUGUCCUAAUGAAGGUUAUUAUUAUUCAGAAGGAACUUGUCUAAUAUGUUAAAAUGAUUGCAAAACAUGUAUAAAUGAAAGUUCAUGUACUAGUUGUAAAGAUAAAUAUUUAUUAUAUGGAAACUAAUGCAUUUGUAAAAUGAAUAUGAUUGAAUCUAAAAAGACAGAUUGUAUGGAUGAUUGCCAUCCAUUUUGUUCUAAAUGUUAAAAUUAAGUUAAUUAAAAUUUAAAUAAAGUAUUAAAAAUAAUUUAACUGUGUGCUUCUUGUGAUUAUAAUGAACAUAAAGUCUUGAAUGUUAAUAUUUGUGAAUGUUUCUUAGGAUAUUAUAUGGAUAGAUCAAGUAAUCCAAACACUUGUUAAUUAUGUAAUCAAACAUGCAAAACUUGUUCAGAUGCAAUGAUUUGCUUGACUUGUUUCCCUGAUUAAAAUAGAUUUUAUAAUAAUUAUCAAUGUUAAUGUAUAGAUGGUUAUUUUGAAAAUGGAUUUAAUGCCACUUGUAUAAAAUGUAAUACAUUUUGUAAAUCUUGUUUAUACAAAGAAGAUUAUUGUACUAAAUGUUACACUGAAUAAUAUAGAAUAUUAUCCAAAGAAAAUAAAUGUGUAUGUCAAAAUGGGUAUUAUGAUAAUAAGUCAGAUGUUUGUUUAAGUAAUUAAUAUUAUUUAUUUAGAAUGUAAUAAUAAUUGUAAUAGUUGUUCAGAUUAUUCUAUUUGUACAUCAUGUAAUGAAUUUCAAUUUAGAAGAUUGGAUUCACAUAUUAAAUAAUGUAUUUGUUAAGAGGGUUAUUAUGAUAAUAAUGAGUUAACUUGUUUACCAUGUUACUAUACAUGUAGUAAAUGUAAUAAUUCAAAUUUAAUUUCAUAUUGUACUGCUUGUCCAAAAACAAGGUAGAAAUCAGCAAAUAAUCUUGAUGUUUUUGAAUGUAAAUGUAGAAAAGGAUAUUUUGAUGAUGGUUAUCUAGAAUGCUAGUCUUGUAAUAAUGUAAUUAAUCCACCUAUUACACAUUAUUGUUAUUCUUAUUGUGGAGAUUAGAUCUUAUAAUGGAAUGAAGAAUGUGAUGAUGGUAAUUUAAAUCCAAGAGAUGGGUGCAAUCAAUGUUCUAUAUAAAAUAACAAUUGCAUUGAUAACAUAUGUUUAAAAUGUUAUUAUAAUUAAUGUCUUUAAUGUAUAGAUGGAUAUUAUUUAAAUAAUGAUUUUGAAUGUGCUUAAUGUUCUUAUCAAUGCUAAACAUGUGAAUCAUAAUAAAAUAAUUGUAUAUAAUGCAAAUUUUAUAAUCCUAAUACUUAAAAAUGUCUAAUCUGUUCAUUAGACUAUGGAUUUAUCCAUAUUGAUAAUUAAUGUUUAAGUGUAUGUGGAGAUGGUAUUCGAACUUACUAGGAAUUAUGUGAUGAUGGGAAUCAAAUAAAUGGAGAUGGUUGCAAUUAAUUUUGUAUUGUAGAAGAAGACUAUAUUUGUGAUUUAUAAUGUUAAAAGAUUACCUAUCUUUAAAUAUUGCUUUAAGAAGAUAAAUUUGAUAAUAUUUAUGAUUCUAAAAGAACUGUUAAAUUGAAAUUCAAUCAAGAAAUUAAAAUUUCAACUAAUAGUUCAAUUACAAAUUUUGUAAGAGUUACUUCAAAUACUCCUAAUCUUAUAGUAAAUCUCUUAAGUAUUUCAGAUAAUACAUAGAUAAUUGAUGAUUAUUUUUAUAUUGAUAUUGAUUUAAACUUAGAAUUAGAUUCAUCUGCAAAAUCUCCAUUAAUUAAUGUUAUCAUUUAAAAUCAUACACUUUUUACUAAUUCAUAAGGUUAAUCUUUUAAAAUUAAUAGUGCAACUAUAUCAUUAAUUGAUUUCAUUAAAUAAGAUCAAUUUCUAAUUCAAAACACUCAAAAUCUAGCUUAACUGAGUUCUUAUUUCCUUUACAUAUUAUUAGGAUUAGCAAUCUUAGCCUUAAUUUUUGGAGGUUUAGAGAUUUUUUGGAAUCUUCUAGAUACAUUAUAACUUAUUUGCUAUCUCAAGUAUUUUAAUGUUAUUUACCCUUAUAACCUUUAAUAUUAUUUGAAUAUUUUUGGAUUUGCUGAAUUUGAUAUAAUUAAAUCAUAUUUUGAUAUUGAAUAUUUGAUAACUUAAUAUGUGGAUACUACCUAAAGUGAUCCAAAAUUUUAUUAAGAAGGAUACUCUACUGUCUUUAUUGUUAAUAUAAUCUCUGUAAUUAUUGUAUUUGUUACUACUACUGCUACUUUUAUUAUAAUCAAAGUAGGACUUUAUUUUCUACAUAAGCUUACAAAAGACUUUUCAGAAGAUAUGAUAUUGAUGGAAAGAGAAUAAAUAAAUAUAUUUACAUUUUUAUUUUACAAAUUAACUAAUAGUUGUUAAAAAUACUUCUUGAAAAUGAUUUGUGAAUUUAAAAGUGCACUAAUAAGAACUUUUAUGGCUUCUGCUUAUGAUUUAAAUUUAGCUAUAUUUUUAUAAUUAAAGGAUUUGAAUUUUAAAAAUCCUCUAUUGAAACUUAGUAGUUUUAGUGCAAUAAUUGUAUUUUUUUUGGAAAUAUAUUUUAUAUAUAAGUGUUUUUCAUUAAUGAACAAGGAUCUAGCAACAUUAAAGUUAAAAAAAUCUGUAUAAAAUUAUGGAUCACUCUUUGAAGGAUUAAAAUUAGAAAAAAAUCAUAUUAUUCAUUAUUUUAACUUAUUCUUAAUUAUAAAGAAGACUAUAUUUAUGGCAUUAUUAGUAUUUUUAUAUAAUACUCCUUGUUUAUAAAUUAGUAUAGUUUCUAUUUUAAGUCUAUCUCAAGCAUUAUUGUUAUUAUAUAAUCAACCUUUAAGAGAUAAAAAUGAACUGAUCAAAUAAAUUACUUGUGAAUUUAUCUUAUGGCUAUCAAUAAUAUUAAUUUUGAUAUUUGGAUUUAAUGAGUAAAGUACUAUUUUGAAUUAUUAUCAAAUUACAAAUAUCGGUUGGACAAUAAUUGGAUUUUUGUCCUUAAUCAUAUUGAUAUAAUUAAUGAUUGAUUGUAAGUAACAUUUUUAAUUUCUUGAUUAAAAAUAUUAAUUACUAAAAAGAUUAAGAGUCUGGUAUAAAUAUUAUUUUUAGAAUCAUGAUAAUCAAUAUUCUUUGAAUACAGAAUAUAGUUAAUAUUCUACAAUAUUUAAUUAAAAGGCAAAAUAAUAAUCAAAUUAUGCAAAAAAUUAAUGUAAUUAAGUAAAUUAAAGAAGAAUUAUUUCUUUCAAAUUAAGUUGA